AGAACAAGUGAUGGGUGACAAACUCCGUUACGCACAGGCUGCCGCUCAACUAGUGAUACUCUGAAUGUUUGUUUUCACACAUCUAGAAAACCCGUGUGUCUCUCGGGGCAUCUCCGGAGAAAAAGGUGCAUUUAUCCAGUCUUUUCUGUUUUCAUUUCCACUCUGAGCAUAAACUGUGUUUUGGAGAAUUGCGCGCAGGAUUUCAACCACGUCCGAGGAGUCCGGCUGCGACACCAAGAUGCCUUAAAGCUGGAGUCCAACUUUUCCACGGAGUUCCUAUGGAAUAUAGUCCAUUUUUACACUGCUUACAUGUUGUGCCAUCAUCCCACGUGAGGAACAAACUCUUUGUUUUCUGCAUCAUGCUGUCCCUCUGGGUCUACAUGAUAUACUGCUGUGUUGGCUACUGCUCCACUGUCCCAAACCUGACGUACGGGUCGGCGAGGAGACGCGAGAGCGCCGCGGCGGCUGACAAUCGAGACUCGUCCCUGGGAGCGUCCAGGGACCUAUUGAAUAACGAGAAUGAGUUGGACGGCAGAGGAGACGAGUGGGACGAAGUGAGAGGCGAGGCGAGGGCGCUUGAUGAUACUGCCGUGUCAGAUUUUCUCAAUGAGACGGAGAGUAAGAAGUUGCCCCAGGCCAUCAUCAUCGGGGUGAAGAAAGGAGGCACCCGGGCGCUGCUGGAGUUCCUGCGCCUGCAUCCAGACAUCAGGGCGGUGGGAGCGGAGCCGCACUUCUUUGACCGCAACUACGACAAGGGACUGGAGUGGUACAGGGAAUUGAUGCCCAAGUCAUCAGAAGGCCAGUUAACCAUGGAGAAGACCCCAAGUUACUUUGUCACGCGGGAAGUACCCUCUCGGAUCUACGCCAUGUCUAAAGACACCAAAUUGAUCGUUGUUGUCCGGAAUCCUGUCACCCGAGCCAUCUCGGACUAUACGCAGACCCUGUCCAAAAAGCCAGAAAUUCCCUCCUUUGAGAGCCACAUGUUUAAGAACAAGUCAGCAGGUCUGAUCGACACAACGUGGAGCGCUGUUAAGAUCGGCAUGUACGCGAGACACCUCGAACGUUGGCUCCAGUUCUUCCUCAUAGAGCAGCUGCUGUUUGUUAGCGGGGAGCGUCUCAUUACCGACCCUGCGGGUGAGAUGGCUCGUGUCCAGGACUUCCUCGGACUCCGGAGGGUGGUCACGGAGAAGUAUUUCCACUUUAACCCGGCAAAAGGAUUCCCCUGUCUUAAAAGACCAGAGCUGAACACGAAGCCACAUUGCCUGGGCAAAACCAAAGGCAGGACACAUCCAAAUAUUGACCCGGAGGUCGUGCAGACUUUAAGGGAUUUCUAUAAACCUUUUAAUAGGAAGUUUUACGAGAUGACUGGUCAUGACUUUGGCUGGGAUUCUGAAUGAUAUUAUGACAGACUAAUGCUGGUUACUUGUCUGUUUAAAAAAAAAAAAAAGAAAUCAUCCUGGACACAUUGAGAUACAGUGUAUGUACAAUAUUUAGCUGUGUGUAAAUAGUUCAGAAGUCUAUUUUAUUAUAAUUUAUUCUUAAAUCACAAAGCUGCCUGUUCAGGUUAUUCAUGGUGUCAGGACCCAUUUUAUGUGUGUGCGUGUGUUUUUUUUUUCUUAAAGCACAGGUAUUUCAAGCUAUUUUUUUCCGAAAAGUCAUUUGCCUUUUGUGUCACCCAAAUCAGAUUGAGAUCCAAAUCCCCAACGAAACUGGUAAUAUCCCCUUAACAUCUGCCUGACCCUCAGAGGACUGUGCACUCACUUAGUUAGGUCAAUAUGGGCCUCAGCUGAUCCCGUGCAUCUCGCCAGGUGGAUCAAUACAGUAAUAGCUCCUCAUCACGUCAAUUAGGCCUGAGCGAUGGCAUCUCCUUGAUCUCCGGAGAGUCUCAGCCAAACAUCUAUCUACAGUAUCUAUCAGGGUCACAUUGUUUAUGGUUAAGCCUUAAACUAAAUUCAGGUCAAUAUAAAAUUAAAUGUGACAGCUGCAGUUUUUUUUGAGUUCAUUAUUUAUUAUUGUAUUGUUUAUUCAAGAGGACGUCACGGCACAACACCACGUGGGAUAUUAUCGUCAUUCAUUUUUCAUGAACUUGCUCUUCAGUUUUUCAUAAUGCCUAAACGCGAGAUUCUUUUAUGAGAAAAGCCAUACAGCUCUGUUCCUUUUAUUGAUCUGUACUAAAGCUGCUGGAAAUUGAUUACUCUGCACAGCUUUUUUUUACUGCAGCGUGUUAACGAGCAUCUCGUCCUCAACGUGCAGCGACACCUGACGAGAAUUCAAAUCUGCCCAGCUACUUCUUGGAGUCUCUCCGUUAACUUUUGUUGAACGGCUGAGUUUUUUUCAGCUCUCAUCGACAUGCCUUUGGGAGCAUAUUUGGCAUCAGCCAGUAUUCACUAUUGAUGGUCUUCAACCACGUGGUGGAGGCAGUAUUUGCGCUGCACGGACUGAUUUAUAACACAAACACUGAAAUGAAGCGGUUUCAACUGAGAAGUCGAUGCAAAUCUGCAGUGCUGUGGGUUUUUAUGAACUAGGAAAUAAAUCUGUUUUGCCACA